UUCCCCGCGCCAGCGAGUGAGCGAGCGAGCGGGCGAGGCCAGCGCGGGGGCCGGGCCGCUUCCUUUUCGCCACCGCGGCGUCCUGGGGCUGGCUCGGGCCGCGAUGGCAGAGGCUGAGCGGGGCUGAGCCCGCAGCCGCCCGCAGCCCUCGGGGCCCCUUGAGUCCCUGCCAUGGCGAAACAGUACGAUGUGCUGUUCCGGCUACUGUUGAUCGGGGACUCCGGGGUGGGCAAGACAUGCCUGCUGUGCCGCUUCACCGACAACGAGUUCCACUCCUCGCAUAUCUCCACCAUCGGUGUUGACUUUAAGAUGAAGACCAUCGAAGUAGACGGCAUCAAAGUGAGGAUACAGAUUUGGGACACAGCAGGGCAGGAGAGGUACCAGACUAUCACAAAGCAGUACUAUCGGCGAGCCCAGGGAAUAUUUUUAGUCUACGACAUUAGCAGUGAGCGCUCCUAUCAGCAUAUCAUGAAGUGGGUCAGUGACGUGGAUGAGUAUGCACCAGAAGGAGUCCAGAAGAUCCUAAUUGGGAAUAAGGCUGAUGAAGAGCAGAAACGGCAGGUGGGGAGAGAGCAGGGGCAGCAGCUGGCUAAGGAGUACGGCAUGGACUUCUAUGAAACAAGUGCCUGCACCAACCUUAACAUUAAAGAGUCCUUUACUCGUCUGACGGAGCUGGUGCUGCAGGCCCACAGGAAAGAGCUGGAUGGUCUCCGAACUCGUGCCAGCAACGAGCUCGCACUGGCCGAGCUGGAGGAAGACGAAGGCAAACCUGAGGGCCCAGCAAACUCUUCAAAGACCUGCUGGUGCUGAGGGUUCUGUGUGGAAUCCCCCAGCCCCCUUCCCUCAGGAGGCCCGAGGAGGCAGGGAGUCUGGACUUUGCCCACCAUCGUCCUUUCAUUUGACAAUCCUGUUGAAAACCUGCUGCUACUCCCCUGCCUGGCCCUGCGAGCAGCUCUGCUGUGGUCUCCAAGCAGCCUCUGCCCCCAGCUCCUCUAAUUCUGGAGUGGUGACCAUUCAGCCUGUCUCCCAGCCGCAGGCCUCCUGUGACCCCAGAACGUGCUGCGACCAUCUCACCACCCCAGGCUCCUGGGACGACGGUCAAGGCUGGAGUCAAGGCCAUUUCAAGAUUCCUUAGUGCACCUUGUGGACUCUCUGCUUUUUCUCUUCUUUCUCCACUCCCUCCCCUCCCUUGUAUUUUGCAUCCCCCGUCAUCCCAGUCUCUCCUCCCUUGCCUGUGUGUCCUGCCAAGCGCUGCUACUGCAGUUCCUUCCCUCUUUGCUUCCUGAUUCUGCCUAAGGGAAUGGACCCAGGCUCUGCCCCAGGGAGGACGGCUCCCCCUGCUCUGGGGUGGGCUGAAGGCUAAGGGUGCUUCUUCCUCCUGUGCCGUUGGCUGUCUCCCCAGUGGCCUGGGAAGGUAGAACAUUGAGGUGGGAAGGAAACACUACUAGGUGGUCCUCAAGCCUGGACUGGCCUCUUCUUCCUUUGCCUUCUGCUGGAGUUCUAGCCUUGCCUGGCUGCCUCUGUGCCUCUGUGAGGAACUGAGUCCAGAGGCGGGCACAGCAGAGAAGAAAAAUGAAAGAAACGAAGGGGUGGCAGGGAUUAAAGUCGCCUCUGUUCUCUACCUCCCAUGCCUCUCUCCUCACCUGGAUUCACGGAUUUAAAGAUGGGGAUCGAGGUCUGAGGACACCAAAGGGCAAGGGGAGCCCUGGGGUCGGAUACUGUAUAGUCAGCUGUGAACCCCAGAUAGAGGCAAGAGGGGAUGCGAAGAGUGGGCUCCUAGAAGCAGGGUUAGAGCAAGAGCAGAGGGAGCUUUGCAGAACAGUGAGUGCUGUGGCGACUUCGGGGCAUCAGAGGUGACAAGUGAUCAAUCAGUCCUCUUUCACUGAACCCAGCCUUAGGAAGUUAAGGUUUCCCCAGAGUCUGGACAACAGGCCUUAAGACAAGGGAAGAGAAGGGCGGGUAUGAUGGAAAUACUUGGUGCUGUUCUGCCUUCCAGGACUCCCUCCCCUGGUUCCCUUAUUUCUAGGCUCGUAGCUUUGCCAACUGCUGUGUGGCUACCAAGGGAGGGAAAGAGACACCCUCCUCCAGAGUUCUCUGCUCAGGAAGUUUCUUUAACCCUGUGGUCCAAGAGUAGCUUGAAGGAGGCCCCUGAAAAACAAACAAAC